CUGCGCUGCUGCUGCUGCUGCUGCUGCUGGAGGGGCUUUGCGCCGUAACUUUUCAGAAGGUGCCGGCUUGUGUUUUUGGGGGGAGUGUCCGGCGAGUGUUUCCUCUUUCCUUCUUCUCUUCCUCCUGGAAUGCUAAAACUGGGCUGAUGGACAUUUCCGAACUUUGCAUCCCUGAUCCUCUCAGCUAUCAUAACCAGCUGUUGAACAGAAUGGCUGCUGAGGAGCGGCACAUGACAUCCAGCUGUGGCUCCUACAUAAAGACUGAGCCGUCCAGCCCGUCCUCUCUGGUGGACUCGGCCAGUCACCCCAGCCCCGGCGCGCACUCGGACGCCAGUGGCGGAUACGCCAGCGCCAUCAACAGCCACUCCACGGGCCUGGACUCUCCGCCCAUGUUCACGGCGGGUGGCGCUCUGGGCCCCGGGGCCAGCUCCUGCCGCAAGCGCUUCGAGGACUGCUCCUCCACAUUACUGGACGACCCUACGGCCAUCAAGUGCGAAUACAUGCUCAACUCCAUUCCUAAACGCCUGUGCCUGGUGUGCGGAGACAUCGCCUCGGGAUACCACUACGGCGUAGCCUCCUGUGAGGCCUGCAAAGCCUUCUUCAAGAGAACGAUACAAGGUAACAUCGAGUACAGCUGUCCGGCCACCAACGAGUGCGAGAUCACCAAACGGAGACGCAAGUCCUGCCAGGCCUGCAGAUUCAUGAAGUGUCUGAAAGUGGGCAUGCUGAAGGAGGGUGUUCGGCUAGAUCGGGUACGAGGAGGACGACAGAAGUACAAAAGGAGAAUGGAUGCAGAAAACACAGCUUACCUGGGGCUCACACUGCCACCGCCAGCCAAAAAACCAUUGACGAAGAUCGUGUCUCAUCUGCUGGUGGCAGAGCCGGAGAAGAUCUAUGCCAUGCCUGACCCCACCAUGCCCGAAAGCGACAUUAAAGCGCUGACCACGCUCUGUGACCUGGCGGACCGCGAGCUGGUGGUGAUCAUCGGCUGGGCAAAACACAUCCCCGGUUUCUCCAGUCUGUCUCUGGGCGAUCAGAUGAGUUUGCUGCAGAGCGCGUGGAUGGAGAUCCUGAUCCUCAGCAUCGUGUUUCGCUCUCUGCCGUACGAGGACGAGCUGGUGUACGCCGAGGAUUACGUGAUGGACGAGGAACACUCGCGCCUCACCGGCCUGCUGGACCUCUAUCUGUCCAUCCUUCAGCUAGUGCGCAAAUACAAGAAGCUGAAGGUGGAGAAGGAGGAGUUCGUCACGCUCAAGGCCAUCGCACUCGCCAACUCAGACUCCAUGCACAUCGAGGACGUGGAGUCGGUGCAGAAGCUCCAGGACGCUCUUCAUGAAGCGCUGCAGGACUACGAGAGCUGUCAGCAUGCGGAAGACCCUCGGCGGGCCGGAAAGCUGCUCAUGACGCUGCCUUUGCUCCGGCAAACGGCCACCAAGGCCAUCCAGCACUUCUACAGCAUCAAGAUGCAGGGCAAGGUGCCCAUGCACAAACUCUUCCUGGAGAUGCUGGAGGCCAAGGUGUGAUGGGGAUGCGGUCAGAGACUGGAGGACACACACUCUGCCUGAGACGCCUUUUAAAGACUCACACAGAUUAAUAACUCGCUUUAAAGCAUAAAUAUAAAUGGAAAAAAAAUAAUUUAAAUAUCUAUUACAAAAUACUAUGUACUUGUACAGUCAUGCUUUUCGUUUCAUGAUCUGUGGUUAUAUAUAUGACGGAAGAAAUAGGUGGUCAUUUGCAUUCAGCUUUUUUUAUUUUGGAGAUCAACACGCGUCACGGCUCGGACAAAACUAAGGACACCUUGAGGACUUGUAAAUAUUCAUGAGUGGACGUGGAAGCUGCUGCCGCCGUCGUUUUGUCUCGCCGGUUCUUCCCUAAAUGUGAACACGCCGCCGACGUCCUUGAAAAUACCUCCUGAAUCCUGGACUUCUGUGGCUCAUCUCACUCCGUAGAAACAGCAAUAAAUCGAGCCGAGAGGACCAGACCACCUCUACCGCUUUUUGUUUCGUUUCUAAACUCCUGGUUGUUGUUCUGGUUGAUGUUUUUGGAGUGGUUGGAAAAGGUUUCAGAGGAUUUACAAUGCGUGGCAAGAGUCCAGGAGACUCAAACAAUCACAUGGCCGUAUGUCAAGCGGCCUAUUCUGGGCUUGUUAAGCCGCCGGCGGAGGAAACGAGGUGCCCCGCCCAUCAUCUGCUCUGACUUUUAUAGCCGUGUAUCCAAAUGAAGGUGUGCGGCAGGUGCAGGUCUUUAUCACCAGCUUUAUUUUUGGAUCCAGCCGGAGGGUGUUUGACCUCAUGUUGACACAAUAGCAUCGGCCUUCGAAGGCUCUGUCCCUAUAAACAGCUUAGAUCC